AUGGGCGAGAACGAAAACAAAGCUGAUAGGUUAGCUAUGAGUGCAGUGUUGAAAUUAGUACCAAAGUUUGAUGAGGAAAAUGUUACAACAUAUUUCAUGUGUUUUGAGAAGUUAAAGGAAAGAGUAGGUUAUCCUAAAGAAAUGUGGACUUUAUAUUUACAGUCAGUUUUGAGUGGUAGGGCGCUUACUGUGUAUAGUUGCAUGUCUAAGGAGGAAUGUGAUGAUUAUGACAUUGUGAAAGAAUCCAUUCUUAGCACGUACAGGCUAGUACUGGAGGCGUAUCGUAAGAAAUUUAAAAGUUUGAGAAAGGAUGAAAAUAUUACUUAUGUAGAAUACGGUAAGAAGUUAGAGAGGCUGUUUUAUGAUUGGUUAACUUCCGCUAAAGUUGAGGAUUUUGAUGAUUUGAAGAACUUAGUGUUGUUAGAAAACUUCAAGGAUAGCGUAUCCCCUAAGAUUAAGCUUUACAUAGAAGAUAGGCGAAAAGUAUCUUUUGCAGGAGCAACUAGGUUAGCUGAUGAAUAUAGUGUAACUCAUAAUUUGAGUGUUAGUAAGAAACGAAAUGAUCCCUCAUUUGGUAGAGUUCAAAGCAGUAAAGGUUUCAGUUCUAGUAAUAGCAAUUCAAGUUAUUGGCAAGUACCUUUAAGUGAACGAGCCCGGAAAAUUUCCGCCUUUAUAACACCAUUUGGUAGUUUUGAGCCCAAAGUUAUGGCUUUUGGCUUGAAGAAUGCAGCCAGUACCUUCCAAAGGUUAAUGAAUAAAGUUUUAAAUGGCAUCAACAACUGUGUCGUGUACUUAGAUGAUCUUGUGAUAUUUUCAGAGACUUGGAAGGACCAUGUGCCUGUUCUCAUGAUGGUUCUAGAAUCGGCAGGAGUUUUGUGGAACGCAACACGGUCUGUCAAGUCGUCAGAAAAUUCAACGAAAUAUGAUGCAAUACAUCGUCGUGAUUCUUCUACGACAUUCUGGUCAUCUUGGGAGUCUGUGACAUUCAUGCUCCAUCCCCCGUCGGCCCCGCCCCCAUGUCACCGUAUAAAUGCGAUUGACGAAGUAGAAGAGAUCAGUAAAAGAGUCACAGAUCAGAUCAUCAGUUUUCUCGAAGCAGUGACAGCUUCUAGAGUAUUCUUCACAGUUCUGAUCAUCCUCUCAGCUUGUCCGACUGACGAAUGA